AUGUCUGAUUAUCAGAUUAAAUAUCAAGAGAUCAAAGGGAGUCUAGCCCUUCUGCUGUAACAAAAUUACAUUCUCAAACAAUAACUCAAAGAAGCCACUCAGGAAGUGCAAGAAAAGCUAUAGCUAAAAGAGGAAUGGGCUUAGGAAGUGUAAAGAGUGUAAGAGACUAUACAUCAAUUAGCUUAUGACAACCAAAAUUAUUAGCAGGAAAACGAGUAAUUAAGUAGGGAGAACUAGGAGUCUUAAUAUGUCAUUGAACAAUAAAUUGAAUAGAUUACAACUCUCAAAUAAUAAAAUGAAACACUCCUACUCUAAUUGGAUGAGAGUAGACAACAGAAUUUGUAAAAGGAAAUCACCAUUAAAUAAUAGAGAGAUGAAUUCAAUAAAUAGUUAGAAAAGCAUUAGUCACAGCAUUACGAGGAAAUCAAAAAGUUACAAGGUAUCAUUGACAACUAAAGUGGAUUGAUCUAAUCCUAUGAAAAAUUGAAUGAAAUUGAAAAACUAGACACCUAAAAUUCCUUUUAUUAACAACAAAUGGCAAUUGAGGAUCAGAUGAUAGAGUUAAAAAAUAGAAAUAUCAUACUAACCAAUAAAAUCAAUGAGGAGAAGUAGAAGUAUGAAUAGUUAUAUGAAUAACACAAAGAUGAGGUUACAAAAUUAUAAGGGGUAGUUAAGGAUUAGAAGGAAUUACUUUCUCAAUAUGAAAGAAUUAUUGAAAGGGAUAAAAAGUAAAUGUAACCCAAACCUGAGAAUAAUUUACACUAUACCCAAUCAUAGGUAAUUCCACAAUAAGCAGUAACUCUAUAUUAACAUGAACAAUAGCCAUAAUAAUCCUUUUAACCAUAAUCACAAUAGGUUUUGAGUUCACCCUUAUAAUAUGAAUAAUAUAUUUAGCCAGCAUUGUCCAUAUAAACUUAGCCUACAUAUUCAUAACCUGCAUAUACAUAACCUUCAUAAAAUUAUACAUAACCCAUGAAUACAAACAUCAUCUAUACGUAACCUGUUUCACAUAGAUAACCAAAAACAUUUUUUACGAAUAAUAAAAUUAAUCAUCAAUUAUAAUAGCAAUAAUUAAAGGAAACAAAGAAUUAAAGGGAACAUCCCUUUUAAAAAAACAGUUUCCAUUUGGUUGAAGGAGAUGAUGGCUAAAGAUCUGGUCGAGAGUUCCAAGAAUAGUUUUUAUAUAAAUGUUAAAAUGUUAUUGGAAGAAUGGAAGAUAAACUGCAACAAAUGUAGAGUGAACUUAAUAUUUCAGAUGUCUCUGAUAAACCAAGAAAACUCAAAUGA